AUGAACUGGUACCUUGAGAAGUGCACCGCAACAAAUCAAGGAUAUCAAAAGGCAGCCGCGUCUCGAAUCUCCGGCUGGGUAGCUCAAAAUUUUCACGAACGGCUGCCCGGUCUCGAGAUCGCCGUCGUCUCCGAAGCCGUCGGAUCUGCCGAUGCGCUUCGGAGCAUCUUCCACCGCAUCGCCGACGUCCACGAUCUCCUCGUGCUCUUUGCAGACGUCCUGACGGACGUCCCGUUAGGCUCCGUAGCCGCCGCUCACCGGCGGGAAGACGCCGCUCUGACGGUCGUCUUUAACGACCGAGAUGGUUUAGCCGGCGGAUCAGACGGCGCCGGCGGCGCUGGCGGAACCGGAGGAGACGCCAGGUCCGGAGACAAGGGGAAGAAGGGAGGAGCCAGCGGCGGCGGAGGCGGCGGGAAAAGCGACGCGGGCGGCAAAUCUGGCGGAAAGAGCACCGCUGUCAGUCUAGAUUUGGUCGGAUUGGACGCGUCGGGGAAGCGCCUCCUGAUCUUCCAACCAGGCUCUAACUCCGCCGGCAGCGCUCCACGUCAGACUUCGCUUAGCCGAGCCCUCCUAGAGACGGAGGGGCGCGUGGACUUAUGCACGGAUUUAAUCGACUCGCGAGCGACGAUAGGCCCGCAUUGUAUGGUGGGUGAGGGGACCUCUGUGGGAGAGAAGAGCAGCAUUAAGAGAUCUAUAAUUGGGCGGCACUGCCGGAUUGGAGCGCAUGUGAAGCUGGUAAACUCCGUGAUUAUGGACCAUGUGACUAUAGGCGACGGGUGCCUGGUGCAGGGGUCGGUGGUGAGCAGCAAUGUGCUUAUGCAGGAGCGCACGAGCGUGGUUGACUGUCACGUGGGUCCUGGGUUUGUGGUGGCGAAGGAUUAUAAGGAGAGCGAGCUAUCUAAGAAACCCAAGGCUCAGGGGCAGAGUUAG